AGGAUUAUUGCGAUUUGACACCAGCCUGGAUUGCAUGGCGCCGACUGACUGCACUCGCUGACUUUCUGCAGCCUUUAAUUUGAUGGGAUCCUGUGUGGAAUCAACAAGGACUCCGCGGUUCGUGGGGAAUAGCGUGGCGCUAAUGAAAGGCUGAAUUCACCAUGGAUCUCUUGUCUACCUUCUAUCUGCCAAAACUAUCUGGUCACUGUCAACUCUUUGGGCUUUUCCUCCUCAACGUGUAUAUAUCUUCUGCGCAGUUUGCCCCAGAAUGCUACCCAGGAGGAUAUCAGGUUCUGUGGAACCCUUACCGCAGUGUUCAUUUUGAUUCUAUUGAGCUUCAGCAAUUUGCAAUCCAAAACCUCAUAUGUGAUCAUUCCUUGACGCCAGGAUGGUAUCGCUUCAUGAUUGGGGACAGGCCAGCCGAAAUGCCAACAAAAUGUAUAGAAAUGAAUAAGUGUGGCACACAAGCUCCCAUUUGGCUUUCUCUUGAAGAUUCUAACUCAUUGCCUCAACCUGGUGAGAUGAAGAAAUUAACUGCCUGUGCUACAUGGCAGUUCUUCUCAGGCAGCACCAAAGACUGUUGUUUAUUUCGCAUCCCCGUCUCUCUGAGGAACUGUGGAGACUUCUUUGUUUAUUAUCUUCAACCUACUCAGGGAUGCAUGGGUUACUGUGCCGUUGAAGCCAUUACAGAAACAAAAUCAACACCCUGUGCUCCAGGAGGAGUGGUAAUAGAUGGAACUUGUCGAGCCAGGCUUCCCGAUCUGCCUAACAAACCACUGAUUACCCCUGAAUUAGUUGGCACCAGCAUCCAUCUAAAGUGCACUUAUGUGAGCCUUGCCAUAAAUGGCAGCAUGGGAUAUGUGGUGGUGUGGUCCCGGAUUUCCCCACUUCACAUGAAGCAAGAAGUAAAGAGGGACACAACCCGACAGAUGUUCUCAUUUGUGGAUAUGGAUGGUACUUCUUUGAAGCUGGGGGACACGGUUUACUGCAGUGUAUCAACCUUCUUGCAGGACUCUCCAGGUAUACGCAGCCUGCCCAAGAAUAGUGAGCCAUUUUUUGCUGGUAUUAAGUUUGAGCCAGAAUCUUUGCACAUUGCAGAAGAUGGAAAGGAGCAUUCUCUGUCUAUCCAAAGUACUGUCCCGAUCUCUUGCCUGGAAGAUACUCAGAAUCUAAAUAAUUGUAAAUUAACCUUGCAGCUAACUAUCAAUGAUUCAGACAGUCAGAGUUCCGCACCUCUAAAUGUAGCACUGUCAUCAUGCCAGGUGGAUUUAGUGCUGAUGCCUUGUGUGGCUGGGAGCUGUGCUAGAAGUACUUUGUCUGUUAUAGCUGUGACAGACUUCGCCCGAGAUGGAAAUCGAGUCAGCAAUAUCAGGAUUGAGCCUAUUAAAUCAAACAAUUUCUUGUGGCAUGGUUAUAUCCCAAAUAUCAUGAAGGUAACUGUGCAAGAUAUCCCGACAGGUCACUGCUAUUCCUUCACUGAUCCACAUAUUAUUACAUUUGAUGGAAGAGGUUAUGACAACCAGAAAACAGGCACUUUUGUGAUGUAUAAAAGCCUUUUGCGAGAAUUUGAGGUUCACGUCCGGCAGUGGGACUGUGGCAGUCGGUAUUAUGCUGUGUCCUGUAACUGUGGAGUCGUUGCCAGGGAAGGCGAUGAUAUCAUUGCAUUUGAUAUGUGCAAUGGGCAGUUUCAGGAGACUCGGCCUCGUUUAUCAGUCAAAAGCAGUGGAACAGAACCUCAUCACGUCAAAAUAAUGGAUGCACACCAGGGGAAGAAAAUCACUAUCAUGUUUCCAUCGGGGGCAUUUAUCCGUGCAGAUGUGAGCGACUGGGGAAUGAGCAUAACAGUGCGGGCACCCAGCGUUGAUUUUAACAACACUAGAGGUCUCUGUGGGAUAUUUGAUCGAAAUAGUAAUAAUGACUUCCAUAGUGCAGAUGGGAAUCCAAUGACAGCUGCCCAUUGGAAUAAUGACCCCAAUGAUUUCAUCGAGGAAUGGAGAAUACAUUCAGGGGAAAGUUUGUUUGACAAGAUACCGAGCCCCUCUGUGAGAAAGAAAAGAAGAAAUUACUGCAAGUGCCAGAAAGAAUAUACAAUGUCCCUACAUUCAGUGAACAAGUUGGCCUCUGGAUAUGGCCAUUCUCAUCCAUCGUCUCGUUGCUACGCAUAUGAAAAUGUGGAUUAUACGUCAUUAAUUCCUUUCUUGGAUGUUACUGCAGAAUACAUAAACAAUCCCGAACUAUCGUUGUUCAGAAAACGUGACAUAAUCCAGUCUUCUCAAAGGUCAACUGGACAUACGGCCUUGCUGAAAUAUAUUCAAUCACAUGGCCCCAAAGAAAUCACCACAAAAGUCAAGUCACUUACUGGUCGGUCAGUGGGAUAUUCCAGAUGGCCACACAUAAUUGAUUUUACUGAACCAGGGGUUACGCUGGAUAGAAUGAAAAGGCAGGCUUUCUACGAGUAUUUACCAACAUUCACAUUCCAGAGCCUAAGCCAGAGCGAUUUAGAAAGCCUUAAUUACUUUUUCCCAGAAGACCAUUUGUCUAGCAAUCGACCUAACGUGCAGCCAAAAUGGCCAACUCCAAGUGGACUGACAUCAGCCAAAGCCCUGGAGGUAUGCCAACACGCCCUAAGAAACUCCACUAUUGGUGUAGCGUGUCAAGACCUUCUGGGAAGAAGACUUAUUGAGGCUGUGAAUCUGUGUAUUUCAGACCUGCAGCUUAAGGAUGAUCUUGCUUGGGAGGAAGGGAUGCGGGCUUUCCUUGACAAUGAAUGUGAAAGAAAACUUUUGGAAAAUAGGGUUAAAUGGUCCCACGGAACAAAUGGUCCACGUGUUAAAGAGAUUAUUACAGCUCUCCGUUGUCCUAACUCAUGUAGUAACAGUGGACAUUGUACAACAUGGGGUUGCCAAUGCUUUGCCAAAUACAGCUCCUAUGACUGCAGCAUUUCCAAUGCUCGGCCUCCUGAGAUUACUGAUAUGGAGAAUAAUGGCCUCUGUGAUAUUCGAAUCUACGAAUGCAAUAGUAUCCGAGUAUUUGGCCUGGGCUUCAGGGACUCUCCGCAUCUCCGGUGUGAAGUUAUCAGCUUGGCGUGUAUAAAUAAUGAAUGGGUUCCAGGAGCUAAGCAUACAACAAAAGCAGAGUUCCUUAGCACCAAAGCAGUUGAUUGCCCAAUUCCAGCCUUAACAACUACGGAAACUGAGACUGUGGACUUCAUGUUUUCAGACAAACCAUUUGCCAGGUGGCAAAUAAAGAUUACAAAUGAUGGAUCCUUGUUCAGUGAUUCGAAGGUUUUGACACUUUAUGAUGGAGUUUGCCAGAUCUGUGAUAACAUUCCGACUGGACUUUGUAAGUUGAAGGAAAAAACGUGCAAUAUAGAUGGACUGUGUUAUGGGGAAGGAGACCUAAAUCCAACAAGCCUUUGUUUGCUGUGCAACCCAAACAUAUCCAAGUUCACCUGGUCUAUUAAUGAAAACAAUCAACCACCAAUUUAUCAAGAGUCUACCACCAAGCUCCAGACAUUUUUCGGUGAAAGUUUUGUGUACCAGUUCACAGCAGUGGAUCCAGAAGGGUCAGCUGUACUAUUCUCACUGGAGUCUGCACCAGAGAAUGCCAGUCUGUUACCUGCUGGACUUCUGAUCUGGAAAGUGAAUUCCCAAAAUUCAGGCAGAUUUGACUUUACCGUGUCUGAUGAGUGUAAUGCACAAAGCACAUAUUCUGUUCAGGUUGCAGUGAAGUCGUGUGGCUGCAUAAAUGGCGGAACAUGUGUCACAGAUAUCAAUUUCCCCCCAGGAAGUGGUGAAUACCACUGUGUGUGUCCUGUCGGUUUUGAAGGGGAGUUUUGUCAAGAAAAUGUAGAUGACUGCAAAUCAAAUCCAUGCGGUGUGGGCACCUGCAUAGAUAGUAUCAACAGCUACUCCUGUAGAUGUCCAGCUGGUCUUACAGGACUUACAUGUCAAGAAGAUGUUAAUGAAUGUAAGAAAGCACUGUGUUUUCCCGGCGUCCCUUGUUUCAAUAGCUUUGGAUCAUAUAAAUGUGGAAACUGCCCAGGCAAGAUGAAGAGUGAUGGCCGAUCUUGCAAAGGCUUAACCAACAGUCUACGGCGCAUAAUUACUUGUGCAAAUAAACCCUGCUUCCCAGGAGUUCAAUGUUUUGAUCGGAAGCCACCUUAUGUUGGUUUUGUAUGUGGCCGCUGUCCUGCUGGAUUAUUUGGCACGGGGCGGACAUGCAUGAAGAUUCCACGGUUUGUCACCCCACAUGUUGCAUCCAAAUUUCAGCAUCAUUGGGCCGCUACCACAAGACCAAGCGACCUGCCAGCGGGUAGCCAGAAAACUACUCUUGGACAUGUUCCUGUGUCUGGCAGACCCACAAUGGAGAAAGUAGUUACAAUAGCCAAAGCACCUCCAGUUCUCAAGGCAGAUAGGCCCUAUGCUGCUUUGAGCUUAUCUCCUUCCAUUUCAUCCAUCUCAUAUGACACUGGCACUCCUGCCAUGAGUUCUCGGACUAUAUCUCAGCUGACUGCCCAUCCCAAAGCUCCACAAAAAAACACCACUUUUUGGCGACCUGUCACCUCAUCACUGCGGGCUGUAACAGCAUCUCAAGCUCUUUCCAUUACUCACAUUGGUAACGAGUUGAUUCCUACUGAAAGAAAGGUCACCUGUGCUGACAUGCCUUGCUUUAAUGGAGUCCCAUGUGAGCCGACACAGUUUGGAAGCUUUAAAUGUGGACAGUGCCCUUUUGGAUACACUGGUGAUGGAGUAACAUGUAAAGCUAUAUGCAGGUAUCCCUGUGGAAAGAAUAUGGAAUGUGCAGCUCCCAACACAUGUCGCUGUAAGCCUGGCUACACUGGGUAUAAUUGUCAUAUAGCAAUCUGUCGACCUGACUGCAAAAACAGAGGAAAGUGUAUUAAACCAGAUAAGUGCGAGUGCCCCCCAGGAUACAAUGGCCUGACCUGUGAAGACGCCUUCUGCAUUCCAGCUUGUGAGCAUGGUGGGUCAUGUAUUACCAGAAAUACCUGCUCCUGCCUGUAUGGAUUUGUGGGGCCAAGAUGUGAAACAUUGGUUUGCAAUAGACACUGUCAAAAUGGUGGAAGAUGCACUUCACCAGAUGUGUGCAAGUGUAAAGCUGGGUGGACAGGACCCUCAUGUGAAACAGCUGUUUGCUCCCCCAUGUGCCUCAAUGGUGGCAUCUGUGUUCGGCAGAAUGUUUGUAUCUGUCCUCAUGGUUUCUAUGGACUGCAGUGUCAGAAUGCCGUUUGCAAUCCCCCCUGUAAGAAUGGCGGCCAGUGUAUGAGAAACAAUUUAUGCUCCUGUCCUGAAGGCUAUACAGGACGAAGGUGUCAACAGAGUGUCUGUGAGCCAUUGUGUAUGAACAGAGGGAAGUGUGUGAGUCCGGGUAGUUGUGACUGUCCAUCAGCGUGGAAAGGGAAAAGAUGUAACCAACCGAUCUGUCUACAGAAAUGCCAGAAUGGUGGAGAAUGCAUAGGACCAAGUACCUGUCACUGUCGGGCAGGCUGGGAAGGAAUGUUGUGUCAGAUCCCUAUCUGUGAGCAGAAAUGUUUGUUUGGAAGUAAAUGCAUCAGGCCGAAUGUGUGUGCCUGCAGGAGAGGAUACAUAGGAUUAGGCUGUGCAAGAAAGCUUCCAGUUGGACGUGGAUGAUAAGGUGAAAGUGUUACAACCGGUUCUUCUGACCUGUGAGCAGUUAUCACAGUGGAUCACGCAUUCACAGAGCUGCGUGGUGAAAUGAUGUGAGGAAUGCGUCACGGCCCGUAUAUUUUCACAUCAAUACAUCUUAAAGAAGUGAUUUUAACCUUCCCCGAAAAAUUAUAUUGCCAUAUAACUGAAAUGUUAAUUGCAGGAAACAAAGAUGUUGCUGUAAGUUAUUGCAUAAUUUAUAUAUAAUCAAUUAAAUAUAAUUUUGAAGUCAUUUUACAGGAUGGUAGACUGUACCUUUUUGGUCACAGUGUUCCCCUGUAGUUUGACUACCUCAUGGGCAUGAAAUCUUGUUUUCUCAUGGGACCUACUAAGACAGUUAAAGUUCACACUGCAGUGUUUGCAAGCUGAAUCUCACAACAUAUGACUCUUGACUACAGUUAUGUAUUGCAACAUCACGCCAUUCUCUGCUUUUAUUUCAAUGGUGCUAAUAUUUUGGAACCCCUUGCUGAUGUUUAUUCCAAUUGGAAAAAAAUAAUAUUGUGGUGAAAGUCCAUGUUUUUUCAUUCUCAUUGCGUGUAUUGCUAACGUAAAAUUUAGAGAUUGUUAAUUCUCAUCACACAACUCUAUAAUUUGGCCACAAUUGACAAUUAGAGAUAGAAAGAUGAUUAAUAGGGCAAAUUGGAAUGUCUGAAUUAAUAAAGAGUGAUGAAUAUAAGAUUAACCUAUUGUUGCACAGUUUUGCAACUUCCCCAUGUCUCCGUUUGUCCAGGAAUGCGCAGUUCUGAAAUAAUUGCUACAGUGCAAAAUGCUCCUCUCCCUACUACUGACGUCCCUCAGUUUAAUGUGAGCAAAAAAAUGUUCAUGAAAACUAAGUCCCUGUACUCGCUGAUUGCAGUUGAUUCUUUGAAGAAAGCAAUUGUAUAUGGCAAGUGAGGAUAAAGAAAUUUUCAUUGGAGCCUUGGAAUCCUUUUGAGAUGCAAGUAAGAUUAAAUAUUUGCGUCAGAUUAAAAUCAAUUUCUAACAAAUUUAAACACAAUAAUGCAUAUAAUAUAAAUCACAAUAUAAAUCAAAACAUCUUUUUUUGAAUUAUUCCUCUUAAAAUAUCAUAACCCUUUUAUAGCCAUAUAUUUGAUA